AUGGAAGAGAACCUUGUUUCUGUGCUGGAAGGAGGUCAUACCCUAACCACACAAAGCAGAGGGCGUCACCUUGUCAUAUUGAAAAGCUGGGAGAGGGACAACAUUGCAUAUGAGAGCAUCGACUUCUCACGGCUAUGGUCACUAACAGUAUUUGGAAAGUGGGAACCAUUCUUCAUCUCUGAGAGUAUGAAGCUUCUUCGGGUGCUGGAUCUGGAGGAUGCAUCAGAUGUAAGGGAUGCUGAUCUCGACAAGAUGGUGAAGCUGCUCCAUCACCUAAAGUUCCUCUCUCUACGAGGAUGCCGUGAGAUCUGCCAUCUGCCAAGUUCAUUAGGUGAUCUCAGGAACCUCCAGACAUUGGAUGUCAGGGGCACCUCCAUUGUCACCCUCCCAAUAAGUACCACGAAGCUAAAGAAGCUGCAGUAUAUUCGUGCUGGUGGCACCACAGUUGUCCAGGCAUCAAUGCCGUCACCUAUAGUUUCAUCAUACAACUGUUUCCCCCAUUUCUUCUGCAGCAGGCGCCGUCAUCUAGCCGGUGUUAUGGUGCCUAGGGGGAUUGAGAAACUGGAAGCGUUGCAGACGCUUGGUGUUAUCAACAUAUCUGCUUCCGCAGGGGGAGCUGCUUUCCUGAAAGAUCCAAAGAAGCUCAUUCAUUUGCGGAAACUUGGCGUGUCCGGCAUCAACAAGCAUAACAGUAAGGAGUUCUUCUCCGUAAUGUCAGCUCUUGGCCAACUGGAAUCCUUGUCUGUGUGGCUCGAUGAGAACAGCCAAGCUUGCUUGGAUGUUAACUUCCUUUACCAAGCGCACCUAUGUAGCCUUAAACUAUAUGGGCUCCAAGAAAAAUUACCUGCAUCAAUUGAAUACCUUGGCAAGCUCAGAAAGUUGGAUUUGGAGAUGGGCAACCUAAACCGAAGAGAUAUAGAGCUCCUUGCCCAGCUACCAGAACUAUGUGUUCUACGCCUUCGAGUCAAACAGCAGCUUCAGGAUGAUAAGCUCCAUUUUUAUGACGAGAUGUAUGGAGAGGAGUUGGUCACAUUCAAAAAGGUGAAGAUCCUCGAGAUUGCUUGCAGCUCCAGCGAAUUACAAGUUACAUUUGGAUCAAGGUCGAUGAACAAUCUUGAGCUGCUCACGAUUGACUACUCGAGCAGUACAUCAUAUAAGCUUGCCGGCCUGAAUAGUCUAUCUGAACUGAAGCAAGUCUUGCUCAAGGGUACCGAUGAUGAAGCAUUCAGAGCAGAGUUUGCGAGCCAUCUUGCCAGUCAUCCAAUGCAACCUGUCGUGAAGCUGGAGGAACAACUACUGCGGUCGUCCUGA